AUGGCCCACGGCGAGGGCUUGGGCUACGUGCAGGGCCUGGCCCGGGACUACCUGCGGCACGCGCUGCGGGGCCCGCGGCCCGAGGCCCGGCCCCUCGGACCCGGCCCUGCCGCCCGGGUGCGCCGGCUGCUGCGGGAGACGGCGGGAGCCGUGCAGCGGGACGCCGAGCGGGCGCUGCGGCCCUGCCUGGCCGGCCUGCCCGUGGCCUCCGCGGCCGCCGCCAGGGCCGUGUUCCUGGCCGUAGCGAGCAGCGAGUUCGAGGACGGCGUGGUCAACUGGGGCCGCCUGGUGACCGUGUUCGCCCUGGAGGGCAUCCUGGCCAGGGAGCUGCUCCGCCAGCGGGGCGACCGGGAAGACCGGGACCUGGACCCGGAGCCGGGCCUGGACCUGGACGCGGACACCGCCGAGGAGAUCUCGCGCUUCGUGGCCGAGUUCAUCACCUCGCAGGCGGGGGACUGGAUCAGGCAGAACGGCGGCUGGGAACACGGCUUCGUGCAGAAGUUCGAGCCCCGGCCGGGCUGGCCGGCCUUCCUGGGGGCGACAGCCAAGGUCCUGCUGUGCCUGCUGAGGCACCUGCCCUGA